AUGGUCGCACCAAACCACCUGAUGACCGUCAUGAUGCACCUCAUCCUUGCACUAUGCCUGCUCUUCACGUCUGGAUUAUCGACGCCAAUAACCACACAAGCAACAACAUUGCAAUCGCGAUCAUCGCUGGGAUCCUGGCUGCAAGUUGGCAAAAAGACAGCCGAUGGAUGUUCCCUCACGAGACAGUGCCCGUCGUGCAGGUCGGUCGGAUUCGAGGGCAUGGUACAGUGCUGCUGGCCGAACGGAAAGGGCUACGGGUCGCCGUUUGACGAGCCCGGUUUCUGUCUCUGCGCGCCGGUCGACAGAUGGGAUUACUCCAUGUGCAGCGGGGGUUACUGGACCAGUUGA